CGAGUCGUCGCCACAAAAUACGGAAAAAUGAGAGGUCUGCUGAUCACCUCCCAGCACGGAAUGAAGAUGGAGCCUGUGGAAGCUUACCUGGGACUAGAGUAUGCCAGUCUGUUGGAUGGCCAGUUGAGGUUCAUGCCACCCAACCCACCGACUGUGUACUGGUCCGACAUCAAGAUGGCCGUCAGGUACAAACCUGUCUGCCCUCAGCCCAUUUUGGAUCCUGGAAGGAUGAAGAUGGAGGGGAGGGGAUGGAAUGAAUGGUUUCUGGAGAGAUAUAAAAAACUUGUAGACUCCUUGAAAGCUCAGCAAGAAGAAUGUCUCUACCUGAACGUAUAUACCCCA